UCGACAAUCGAUUACAAUCGAUUGCAUUCGAUCUGAUUCGAUUGAGUUAACGAUGUGUUGAUCCAUGGAUUCGCAAAGACGUUAUGAUCAUAAGUAAGAAACGGUUAUAUUAUUUAAAGCAUAAAACUCUUGACUAGUUUAUACGCACAAAGUGAAUAAUUAAUAGGUUUCAUAAUUAAAGUUUCGUAAUUAAUAUCGCAUCUUGAAAUGCCAGAAUUACGUUGGCUUUAUUACAUUAUUUCCAAAUAAAAUUGAGUUAUUUCUACGAUUCUAUGUGUUAUUAAAAAAGUUUUCUAAAAGGUGAAUAUUCUUGCAGGUAAUAAUGGUCAAAAUGAAUAUACCACCGAUUCAACAACCUGGAACAAUGGCAGUAAAUCAGAUGAAUCAAUCGGUAAAUCCUCAAAUACCUCAGAAUCAACAGCAAGCUCAGCAGGCGCAACAACAGCAAGCGCAGCAACAGCAGCAGCAACAACAGCAACAAGCGCAGGAAAAAUUGGAUAAUAUUUCUAAAGUAAAAUCUUUAGUCGGACCGUUGAGGGAUUCUUUAGCUAUAGCCCUUAAGACUGCAGCUCAGACGUUGCAUCAAAACAGUUUGGUAGAUGUCGGAUCUUUGAAAGGCAUAGAUCAACCAGAUCAUCGAUUCAAUAAAAAUAUGGAGGAAUUUUAUUCUAUAUGCGAUCAAAUUGAAUUACAUUUGAAAACAUCUAUAGAAUGUUUAUCACAAAACUCUAGUUCCGUUAGAUAUCUACCGAUGUCCGUUAUACCAACGCGCACCGAUACAGUAGGAGCUCAAGAAGGACCAGCUUUAACAUAUCCGCAAUUUUUAAUGACGGUGCGCUCGCAAGUGGCGUACGCCAAAGAGAUACACGAUACUUUGGUUUCUGCUGCACAUACGAUUGCACCAGGGGAAUGAACUCUUGAUACGUACGAGGGAUUUAUUUCUAAUACAUUCUGUCGUUGAGUCAUAAAGAAACGUUAAAAAUAGCAACAGUGUCAAUAUCAGUCAAUACUCGUUAAAAUUUUUUAAUCGGUUAUAUUCAAUUUAUGUUUUGUCCUAAUUAAGGAAAGAAUAAGUCGUAAUAAAUGGAACGAUACGAUUAUUCUACGACACGUUCCGUAAAAGUUGUUAAUAGGAAAUGUCAAUGCAGGCGUCACGUGCACCGAUGUAAAUAUAUUCGUAUAUGUAUGUAUGUGUGUAUGUAUGUAUAUUAAUAAGAAGAAAUUUCGUAAUUGUAUUCUAUAGAGAGUAGUUGGAAAAACAUUAGCGAUCCUAAAGUACAGUAUAUACCAUAUUUUACGUAUUAUGUAAAAAACAGAAUUGGAAUUCGGCGUAAAAAGGAAAUCUGGCAGAAGAAAGUAUACUUUUGUUUUUUGUAAAAAAGAUAUUUAAAGAUAUUAGGAAUAGUAGAGUAAUAUGAAAGGUAGAGAUUCUUUGUAAAUAUUUGGAAGACUGAACAAUAAUAAUAUAUCGUACUUGCAACAUA